AGCGCACACUGCUGGAAGGUAUUAUCACCUGUCACACAGUGUCCUGAACAAAGAGUGGGUUGCAGUGGGAGUUGUGUUGGAGCUACUGGAACUCUCUUGUUUGUGAACAGCAGGGGGCUGAUUCAGGGAUUAUUAGAGCAUAGGGAGAGCCUGUGUGUGGGGUGCUAUACAACAGAGGGGAGCAGUGCGCAGCAAAGGUAAACAAGGCCUUUAAUCAAUCAGCGGAUGUUUGAAAGCAGGGAACAGUCGAGAAAAAGCAGGAUGUGAAUGGCCCGCAGCUCGUAUAGGAGGUUAUAAGUAGAGGAGCUAUCUGUGCCAGGAAUACGGAGCAGACCUCAGCUGUUGCACUGGCCCAGUCUGAUCCAAUUUGUCAGACCUCACCUCCUAUUUCUUCUCAUCGACUGCCCUCGUUGUUGCCUCUGCUUCGUUUUCCCUCUCCGCAGCCAUGCAUCCCCAGCGUCCUCUUCCCCAGGCCAUGCCCUCCUCCUCUCUGGGACAGCACCUGAGGGAACUGGCCAUGGGUCUGGGAAGAGGCAAGAACUUCCUGGGAGGAAACUUCGCCUACAGUUUCAUCCAGUCAGUUAAGGAGUGCCUGUAUUUCCUUCUCUGUUGCUGGUGCAUCAAGGAGAUCCUGGACUGAAGGACUGAAAGUGAGAGUGGAUCAAGUGGUCAAACAUUGAUUUUCCCCCUUUUCUCUGUUGGCACCUAUAGUGUAAUUUCAACCAGCUUUUAUUACAUCGGGAAUGGAGUGUUUGAUCGGCGGUGCUGGCAAAGCAUUGGCAAGUAUAAGUCUUGUCUCAUAUGACAACAAACAACCACUUAUGUACUUUAGCACACUCUUUCUAAUUGAUGUAAUACAAUUUAGGUUUUAUACUGUUUGAAGGUCCAGUGUGUAGGAUUUAGGGGGAUACGUUGGCAGAAAUGCAAUAUAAUAUAAUAAGUAUGUUUUCUUUAGUGUGUAGUCACCUGAAAAUACGAAUCGCUGUGUUUUCGUUACAUUAGAAUGAGACGUUUAUAUCUACAUAGGGAGCGGGUCGUCCACAAAGUCCGCAGUGUUGCACUGCCGUGUUUCUACAGUAGCCCAGAACGGACAAACCGAACACUGGCUCUAGACAGCCACUAUAGUUAGCAGUCCCUCUGUGACAAACAGCAUCAGAAAAACAACUUUAAAUCACCUGGUUUGUUUGUUUUGGAGAGGAAGAGACCUCUGCGGAUAAUUCGUCUUGCGGAGAAAACCUCCUCAACGUCUGAAGUUGUCAGACACAUCAGCAGGUGCUAGGCUCGGGCAGUCUCUGACGUGUGGAACAGUGUCGGACAAACUCUAACAUCCAACUGCUUCAUUCAGUGUUUUUACUGGUUUACAUCACCGGGUACGUUUAUUUUGGAGAGGAGGAGACCAUGGCGGGUAAUUCAGCUUAGGUGAAAACCUCCUGAACGUCUGGAUCAGAAAUAAGGUGAGCACCCACUGGCAGGUGCUGGGCUGGUGACCUUUCUCAUCCAAGGAAUUCUGAUUUUUAACUUGAAACUUAUUUAUUCAGAGUUUUUACCGGUUUAAUUACCUGUUCCAUUUGUUUUUAAGAGGAAGAAACCUCUGCGCAUUAUUUGGCUCCUGGUUAAAACCUCCUGAACAUUUAGCACUAAAGGAAUUCUAACCGGGAGAAGUUUCAGGUGGUUGCACUUUUCAAUUCUCACCACUAGAUGCCACUAAAUCCCCCUAAAGCUUACACACUGCUCCUUUAAAAUGAGGUUCUCAAUUUCAAUGAUGUGUACAAAAUCAUAA